AUGAAGCUUACUGAAGUACUAGUACAUAUGGGAUUCAAGCAGAGUCACUAUGACUACUCAUUAUUCACAAAACUAGUUAAUGGUGACACUGUGAUGGUUUUAGUCUAUGUAGAUGAUCUAUUGGUAACUGGAAAUAACUACAAACUUCUAUGUGAUACAAGGCAAGAGAUUCAAAAGAAGUUCAAGAUGAAAGAUCUAGGUGAACUAAAAUUCUUUCUAGGAAUUGAGUUCUCUAGAUCCGUCAAAGGCAUAGUAAUGCCACAAAGGAAGUAUGCAUUGGAACUAGUGGCUGCGACGGGCCUAGGGGGAGCUAAGCCUGUUGGCACACCACUUGAAGUAAAUCAGAAGCUUACAUCAGUGAAGUAUGAUGAACACAUCAAUAAUGCAAGUGUUGAAAGGGAUAACUUGCUUGCAGAUCCUACAACAUAUCAGAGGUUAGUAGGAAGGCUUCUUUAUCUUACAAUGACAAGACCUGAUCUUGCAUUCUCUAUACAAGUGUUGAGCCAGUUUAUGCUUUGUCCUAAGCAAUCACACAUGGAAGCAGCUUUAAAAGUUUUCAGGUACAUCAAAGAAGCACCUGGUAUGGGACUACUAAUGCCUGCAGGAGAGACAACACAACUCACAGCUUAUUGUGACUCGAAUUGGGGUGCCUGCUUGGAAACUAGAAGAUCAGUUAUAGGUUACUUAGUCAAAUUUGGAGGAGGUCUUAGUCAAAUUUGGAGGAGGUCUCAUCUCAUGGAGGUCAAAGAAACAAGAGACAGUGUCAAGGAGAUCAGCAGAAGCAGAGUUCAGAAGCAUGGCUACAUGUGCAGCAGAAAUAACUUGGCUGAUCGGUCUCUACAAGGAACUAGGUGUAUGUGUAACUACUCCAGUGAACAUGAUAUGUGA